UAGACGACCAAGUUCGUCUAAUAAAUAUUGUCUACGAACAAUUCGUACAGACUCAGGCGUUCGAACAAAACAUUUACAUUGAUCAAGAAGACGAGAAAUUUUCUGACGAUCAUUAUUCUGAGACCGUUGACACCGAAACGCAGACACAAAAAGACUAUCCGAGAAAUGGCUCAGAAGAAUCGAUAAUUCACGAGGAG